CUCCUCUGGAACAAACCUGGUGGCCUUAUUCACAUCAUGGAUGACCAAGCUCACCAAUCCCACAAAAAGAUGGAUCACACCAUGGCUGACACCUUCGCCAAGCAAUGGGGCAACCAUUCUUCCUUUAAACUAGGAGGUGGGUCUGGUUUCCUGACAUUCACCAUUUGCCAUUUCAAUGACCUGGUGACAUAUUCCUCAGAGGCAUUUUUAGAGUGCAACCUCGAUGCUCUUAACCCCAAUUUUGUGGCUCUUCUUUGUGGCACAGUGGCCAGCGCUGGCCUUGGGGAUGGUGCUGAAGGGGUGGAGUCCCUCAAUCCCUUCAUCAAAGGUUUCUUC